AUGGUCCUAACGUUUAUUGGCAGGAGCCUUGAAGAUCCCACCUGCGAAGAUUGUUGUUGCCCUUGGGACUUGCUCACAAAAUCACUACUCGACCUCGAGGCUGAGGAUACAAAUAUGCUAACCAACAUGCGUUGGUUCCAGGGGCUGGUCAAAGAGGCUGACAUUGAUUCAUUCCAUAUGCCAUAUUACACACCCUACAAGGAUGAGAUGGAGUCUAUUAUUCAAAAGGAAGGGUCUUUUAGUAUUAACAGACUAGAAGUCUUUGAAGAAACCCUAGUGGAUGUCAUGAAACACAAUGAAAAUGACAGAGAGUAUAUGUCUGAGAAGAACACAAUAAUAGCUAUUUUUGCAGCAAAAGGAAUGAGCUGA